AUGGCGCCUACACACCAGACAACAAAGGCCCUAGGUCCCAGCUUCUAUGAGCACAAUUCCCCACCCCCUUUUAAUAAAUCUCUUGGUCCUGGCGGGGUGUGGAGUCAUUACUGGCACCGAACUUCUUUCAAUACUUACAAUAAAGAGAAAGUACUGGCUAUUGAGUGCACAGGAAAUGUAGUUUCACAAAACAGCAGCUCAACCCCAUUAAUAAUAAAUGGGGUUUUAGGGGAGGUGGUAACUCUUCCCCUGAAGAUUCCUAAAGGAGAGAUCAGGUCCAUCACCUGGCUUAUGAAUGGAAAACAAUCCAUUGUCUUCAUAAGUCUAAAUGAACCCAGCAGUCCAGCAAUCUAUGUGAUUGACCCAACUAGGAAAAAUCGACUGAGCAUCACCCAGUCCCACUCCUUGCAGCUCAGCAAUCUGAUGAUGACAGACGAAGGACCUUACAACGCCCAGAUAGCCACAGAUAUCUCCAUAGUGUUCUACAACUACACUCUGAAGAUCUUCAGAAAACUGAGCAACAUACAAGUUACCCAUCACAGUCAAUUAUUUGAGAACAGGACCUGUGAGAUUCACCUGGCCUGCUCUGUGGAGAAUCCGAAUGACGAUGUCUCAUUCAGGUGGCAGACUUCAGGAAAUACACUUCUAAGUGAACCAAACCUCACUAUCUCCUGUGACCUCAGGAAUUCCAAUGAACAGAAGUACAUAUGCAUAGCGGAGAACCCCGUCAGCAAUCUAUCCUUCUCUGUCUCAGCUCAGAGGCUCUGUGGAGAUAUUAAGGAAGAUCCUUACCUACCUAUCCAAUGGGUAUUGCCUAUAUCUUUCAUGAUAUGCAUAGUCAUCCCUAUGUCGGUCUAUGUGUACAAGAAAAGAAAAGGUUCCCUUCCUUUGUCUAUUCAGCAAACCCAGGGUCCUGCCGAGUCCACAAGGAACAGAGAGUGUAUGUUGGUUUCUCCAGGGAGCAACACUGUGUAUGCCGUGGUCGCUCAUCCAAGCGGGGCUACAGAAAUCCCAACACCUAUAGAAAACAAUGACUCUAUCACAAUUUACUCCAUCAUAAACCAUUCCAAAGAGAGUAAACCCACUUUUUCCAGGACCACUGCCCUUGACAGUGUCAUCUAA